CUAUUUACGGUAAGCAAUAAUUCAGUAAUCCAAGACCUUCCUUUACAGGAUAACCUCAUUAUUGUUAAAGAAAUAAAAUUUGUAAACAAGUACUGCAAUGGAUCCAGUGCCAGAGUACUCCCUCUUCUUGGUCCGGAUUCUGGAAGAGUUGGACACCAAGUACAGCAGCCUUUCCUACCAGGAUCUUUGUAAGUCUCUGUGUGCUCGAUUUGACCUGGUUCACCUGGCCAAACUGCGCAGCUUGCUCUUCUACACGGCCUGUCUGGACCCCAGUUUCCCUGCCACUUUGUUCAAAGACAAAAUGAGGUGCUCCAUGGAGGACCAGCAGUCCAAGAAACUCAUGGUGGCCGCAGAUAUAGUCACCAUGUUCAACCUGAUCCAGAUGAACGGCGGCAUCGCGAAGGACAAGCUUCCAAUGGGGCAGAGGCCCAAAUUCCACAAGAACCAGUCUUUUGAGUCUUGCCGGUCAGACACUGACGUGUACAAGUACUCUCACUCUGAUAGGGUGUAUGAUAUUUUAGAUGCCAGAGGCCAUCCCACAUUGCAGACCUCACCCUGCCCUAAAUCUGACUGCAACAACUGCCAUCAUUUCAUUCCAACAUCCGAGCCCAACUUUCUCCUCGGAGUCAACAAGGAUAUGAAAUGCAGGGCUGCAUCCCUUGACAAGCUGCAGCAUCUCCCACAGUAUUCCAGUGGCAGUCCUCCUCCCUGUGAGAUGCAGAGCACCUACUUUCCAAUGGAUAUAGACAGUGAAUCAACGACGGAUCAAGACUCCUUGCAUUUAAACUCGGGUGUAAAAGAGACAUUUAUUUCAAGUGCGGAACCCUUUACAGUGCAUUCCUGUGUGCAGAAAAGAAAUAUUUUCAAGGAGGAUUUUCACAAUCUGGUGGCAUUUGCUCCCCAGGUAAUAACCACGGACUCCGAUCCAAGUGUGAAAACAAGCGGGGGUCACCACAGGAGAGAGACUCACAAACCUGCAGCGUUUUUCAACCACAGUUUUGAACUGCCCUACAGUAACCCUUAUUUUGAACCGGUGAGUUCUCCUGUUCAGGACAAGCGGCGGGUGAAACACGAAAGCCUGGAUGAUUUACAAGCAUCCACAUACUUUGGCCCAACUACUGUAACGGAGUGUGUGAACACCAGGAGAACUUCAGGAAAGCAGGGUAAACAGCCUUGUUGGCCUGUGAAGAGUCUGAGCUUGAACACAGAGGAGGGUCCCGACUUGGAGAGGUCUUUUGUUGGUGGACCAAAGUUCAAGGACAAUCAUCGGCAUAAUGUCAACAGCAUUGACUGUGACCAGCAUUACCAAGGAGCCAAAGAGAAGCCCGCAGUCUCUCCUUCAGGUUUUUGCAUUAAGCCAAAUGGGCCAAAAACAAAAGACGUGGGAUCUAUGGUCGGUGGUCCAGGCGUGGAUAAACGAGAUGGAAUCAAGCGGUUUAAAGAUAAGAGCAUUAACUGCACAUCUUUUCAGGUAGGGACCGUAGAGAGCACAUUAAGUGUGGGUACCCAAACUGAGCAGUCUGACCAAAGGAAGCUGAAGGACUUUGUUGGUCAUGGUAAAUAUGGGGAGAGGUUCAAGCUCUCUGACGAGGACUCUGAGAUUGUCAGUGAUGACAUUAGUGACAUCUUCCGCUUCCUGGAUGACAUGAGCGUGUGCGGCUCCACGGGAGUCAUCCAGUCGUCAUGCUACAACAGCAAUGGUUCUCUCUCCCAGGUGACAAAGUCAGAUGGGGACAGUUCCCCAGAACGCAACACAGUGAAGCUGGGCAAGGCAAGCAAUAAGUUGGACAGACUGUUUCAUUCCCUGGAAAGUUCAGACGAUGAACUGAAGGCCAGUGUGUGUAAGCUGGUCCUUCGGAUUGGGGAGAUUGAGAAGAAACUAGAGUCUCUAUCUGGGGUGCGUGGGGAGAUCUCCCAGGUCCUCUCCAAGCUGAACAGGCUUGACGAAAAGAUCCAGGAGCCAGAGACCAAUAGCAGGCCAAGCGAGCCCAAUUCUAGGGACGAAAUGCUCUCCAAUGGUAAUGUAUCCCCCCGCAUCUUCCAGUGCCACACUACAGGCCAUGCUGGGAAAGUGGACACUAACUCUGAGUGGUGCUGCUCAGAGACCGGUGGGAGUAGCAGCGAGGGCCUGAGGGUGAAGGCACUGAAGAGGAACCUUUUCACCAGGAGGUCCUCCAGGUCUCUGACAGAAGAAAACAGUGCUACUGAGUCAAAAGUAGCCAGCAUCUCAAAUUCCCCCAGAGACUGGAGAGCUGUCCCAUACCCCAUUCAUCCAGGAGAAGAUGGGAAGGAGAAAGACCGUGACAACAAAGACCGACAAAGAAAAUCGAAAGAGACAGAUCGCCAGUGUGAGCUCCCCCAAGUCCAUCGUGCAACUAAGCCUGCAAAGGACUCCUACCUGAUUGAGCAAGUAUUCAGCCCCCACCCUUUCCCUCCCUCUGUCAAGUCCCACAUGAAGAGCAGUCCUCUCUACACGGACUUGCGGCUCACCGAACUGUCCGAGGGCAAGCGAACGCAGCCCUCCUGGACGAUCGAGGAAUACAAACGCAACUCAGGAGACAAGAGCAAGCUUACUGCGCUGGACCUGCAAGCACAAGAGUCCCUGAAUCCCAACAACCUGGAGUACUGGAUGGAGGACAUCUACACACCAGGCUAUGAUUCGCUGCUGAAGCGUAAAGAGGCGGAGUUCAGGAGAGCGAAGGUGUGUAAAAUAGGAGCGCUCAUCGCAGCGGCCGCCUGCACUGUGAUCCUGGUAAUCGUCGUGCCCAUUUGUACCAUGAAGUCAUGAAGGUGUCCAAUGUGUCUGUAUUAUAUACAGCUGUGAUGUGUUCCAGGUUCGUCCACAGAUCACGCAUUAUGUUGAAAUCAGUGCCGCCUCAGUUGUGUUUGGGAGACAUGCUUUUAUUUUCUGGACUAUUUAUGGAUUAUUUAUCCGGAAUAUUUAUGUAUUACUUUUGUUUGAAUAUUUACCUGGUGAAUGGAGCAGUAUUAUUUUUUACGUGAUUAUUAUUUAUUCUAAUAUAGAAGUACGGUAUACAUUUUUUCUACAUAUUUUCA